AUGGUUACGAACCUGUCGAAACCUGCCGAAACUUGCAUGCCGCAGGAGUCUUUGAUUUUCCCACACAUGGUGUCGACUAAAGAGGAGAGUCAUCAGGACAGGCAGUGCCCCUACCGCAGCAGAAACAUGGUGAUCGGGACGUUAGAGAAACUCUACAACUCAAAUGGACGAGAGCUGAGGAGAGCCCUGUUUUCCCUCAAACAGAUCUUUCAGGAUGACAAGGACCUGGUCCAUGAGUUUGUGGUGUCUGAAGGACUGACAUGUCUAAUCAAGGUCGGAGCUGAAGCAGACCAGAACUACCAGAAUUACAUCCUCAGGGCUCUGGGACAGAUCAUGCUGUAUGUGGAUGGAAUGAACGGCCUCAUAAGUCACAACGAAACCGUCCAAUGGCUUUACACACUCGUUGGAUCCAAGUUCCGUCUGGUAGUGAAGACAGCUCUGAAACUGUUACUGGUGUUUGUGGAGUACACUGAACCCAACACUGCCCUGCUCAUCCAUGCUGUCAACACCGUGGACACCAAGAGAGGCUGUAAGCUGUGGUCCAAUGCCAUGGAGAUUCUGGAGGAGAAGGAUGGGGUGGACACAGAGCUGCUGGUGUAUGCCAUGACCCUCAUCAACAAGACUCUAGCGGGCCUGCCUGACCAGGACUCAUUCUAUGAUGUGGUGGACUGUUUGGAGGAGCAGGGCAUGGAGGCCAUGUCUCAGAGACACCGUAGCAGGAAGGGAACAGACCUGGACCUCAUGGAGCAGUUUAACAUCUACGAGACUGCUCUGCGCCAUGAGGACGGGGACGACGAGAGCCAGCCACCUACCGUGGGUGGGAAGAACCGGCGGCGUGCCAGCGUGGGGGGCACCAACGACCGGCGAGGCCUGGAGAGGAGACGCAGCCGGAGACACUCCCUCCAGAACGGGAGAGGACUCACCUCAGCCCCCGCUUCCCCCAGCAGCCCUCACUCUCAUGGAGGACACAACGGUAGUUUCCUGCCCUUCGGAGGCCAGGGCAUCGACGACGUCAGUGAAAGAGAGGAGGAAGAGGAGGAGGAGGAGGAUGAGGAUGAGGAAGAUGAUGAGAGUCAUGAUAUCACAGAGACCACUAGAAAGGGCUUCCACAGCCGACACAUAGGCCACGUCAUGGCGCUCCCUGGCAGGUCCCAGGGUGUAGCCAGCGCCAGCGCCCCCACCACCCCUGUACACCGCUCCCAGGGUGUUGCCAGUGCCCCCACCACCCCUGUACACCGCACCUUUGCCACCUCAGGGGCACCACAGCUGGACUCCAAGUCUGACAGACCUUCUCUGGGGAGCUUGUUGUCCUCCUCCUACAGACAACACCAGGAGUCUCUGACUGCAGAGAGAGAGAGGAGGAGACAAGACAGGGAGGAACGACUGCAGAAACUCGAGAGGGAGGAGAGGACCCGCUUCAAUCGGGAUUACAUGGACAAGAGGGAAGAGACAAGACAGGCCAGAGAAGAGAGAUAUAAGUGUGUUGAGAGGCUCGCAGCAGAGGAGUAUGAGAAAGAGAGAGAGCGCGCGAGAGCGCCACCCAGGGGGCGCACAGAGAUCACCCUGAGCCUGAGCCCCACCCCCUCCAGUCGCUCCGCCUCCCCCCGCUGUGCCACGCCCUCCUCCAUCGCCUCUCCGGAAGACGCUGGCAACAUUCCAUCCCAGACAUCCCAGACGCAGGGAAGUGAAGUAGACGUAGAGCCAAGCCGUGACCUUCAGACUAGAACUACAAGUCCAGCGCCAGAGUUAAUAGUAUCAGGACCUUCUCCAGAACCCACAGAGCCCCCCUCCCAAACUCCCCCGGCGCCAGCCGAGGAGCAGGCAGAGACAGAGACGCAGACAGAGAAGCAGGAAGUAGCUGAAGUUGAGUCCAAGCAGGAAGUACUAGAGCUAGUGGAGUUAGCGGUAGAUGAACAGACACAGGGUAAAGAGCAAGAAGAAAGUGAGGAGGAGGAGGAGGGUAAGGAGGAAGAGAGACAGUCAGGGAAUGAGGUAGAGGGAGAAGAGAAGGUAGAAGAGGAGGUAGAGGGAGAAGAGGUGGAGAUAGAAGAUGUAGAAGUGGUAGAGAUAGAGGUGGAGGAGGAGGGAGAGAGGGAGGUGGAGGAGCGGCUGGUCCUCCUCAGUGAGAAGGAGAGGCAGAACGAGGAAGUGAAUGAGAAGGACAACUGUUCUGCCUCCAGUAUCUCCUCAGCCAGUAGCACUCUGGAGAGAGAGGAGAGGGAGGAGAAAGUCAACAGCAACCUUGAACCAGGCCAGUGCAUUAAGGAGGAAGACGUGAACGGGCAGUGCAGCAAGAUCCUCAACAGCAAGCGCUUCAUGCUGGACAUGCUCUAUGCCCAGAACAAGACCGCUGCCGACGAGGACGAAGAGAAGGCGGGAGAGACGGAACAGACGGAGAAAUGCAAAGAGGGGAUGGAGACGUCAUCGCUAGAGGGUCAGGACGGGUCGUCGGUGGCCAGCUUAGCCAGUCGUAUCUCUACACUGGAGGCCAGCAGGCAGGCCUGCGAGGAGAACGUCAAGAAGAUGGAGGUGCAACACCUGGAGAACCAGGGGAGCGUCAGGGCCGUGGCCGAGAAAUUUGGAGACCUUGUUAAAAGCCUUGUGUCGCCUCACGAGCUGGAGGCAUUGGAGAAGCAGCAGCAGGGGCAGCUUCAACCUGAUAAAGACAAAGCUCCUCCGGCCCCGUCCUCCUCUCCCCUACCUCCUAAGAAGGAGUCAGAUUAUAUCUGGGACCAGCUGAUGGCAGCCCCCAGGGAGCUGCGGAUUAAAGAGAUGGACUUUACAGACCUGGCAGACGAGGAUGAUCUGGACAUCUUAGACGUGGACAGUGUGCUGAUGGGCUCCAGUGACCUGAUGAUCCCUCCCCCUCCUCCCUGUCUCUCCACCCUGCCCCCUCCCCCUCCCCUGGGCCUGUUCGGCUGCCCCCCGCCCCCUCCUGUCCCUGGCAUGAUGCCCCCUCCCCCGCCCUUCAUGCCCCCGGACCCGCCCAGCCAAGAAGAAAGAGGAGGAGUACCCGGGGUCCCCCAGCUGAGCCGAGGGACAGCGGAGCCCCUCUUCCAAAAGAAGAAGAAGACUAUCCGUCUCUUCUGGAACGAGGUAAGGCCCAUGGACGGCCAGUACAGGAGCCACAAGCGUUGUAGAGAGUCUCUCUGGUCCAAACUGGAGCCAGUCAAAGUGGACACGUCCAAGCUGGAACACCUGUUUGAAACCAAGUCCAAGGAGCUGCCUGUUACCAAGAAAACAGCAGUGGAUGGGAAACGACAAGAGAUUAUUGUCCUGGACUCCAAACGGAGCAAUGCCAUCAACAUCGGGCUGACCGUCCUCCCCCCUCCCCGCACCAUCAAGACAGCCAUCCUCAACUUCGACGAGUACGCUUUGAACAAGGAGGGGAUCGAGAAAAUCCUGACGAUGAUCCCGACGGAGGAGGAGAAGCAGAGGAUCCAGGAUGCUCAGCUGGUGAACCCUGACGUCCCCCUGGGAUCAGCAGAGCAGUUCCUCCUCACCCUGUCCUCCAUCACGGAGCUGUCCGCCCGGCUGCAGCUCUGGGCCUUCAAGAUGGACUACGAGGUCACGGAGAAGGAAGUGGCAGAGCCUCUGCAGGACCUUAAGGAAGGGAUGGACCAACUGGAGAAGAACAAGACGCUGCGUUACAUCCUGUCCACGCUGCUGGCUAUAGGCAACUUCCUUAACGGAUCCAACGCGAAGGGCUUUGAGCUGGGUUACCUGGAGAAGGUUCCGGAGGUAAAGGACACGGUUCAUAAGCAGUCUCUACUGCACCAUGCCUGUUCCAUUGUGGUGGAGAAGUUUCCAGACAGCUCAGACCUGUACUCUGAGAUAGGAGCCAUCACCCGCUCGGCUAAGGUGGACUUCGACCAGCUCCAAGACAACCUGAGCCAGAUGGAGCGACGCUGCAAAGCAUCGUGGGACCACCUCAAGGUCAUCGCCAAGCACGAGAUGAAGCCUGCGCUCAAACAGAAGAUGUCUGACUUCCUAAAGGACUGUGCAGAGAGAAUCAUCAUCUUGAAGAUAGUCCAUCGGAGAAUUGUCAACCGGAGGUUCACCUCUAUGCUCCUCUCUGCUCCUCAUGUCUGGAUCAGAGUUCACCUCUACAGCUCCCACUCUCUGCUCCUCAUGUCUGGAUCAGAGGUUCACACUCUAUAG